AUGCGACAAACCAAGAGGCUGACUGGUUUGUCUUCUCUCUACAGCCACAUCAUGUCUUGUCUGUCUCUCCGUGUCUUCCUGUUGCCUUCGGUCGUUCUCGUUCUUGUGGCGCUUUUGUCGUCGCUUGCUCCCUCCUCUCUCUGGAGCGCCUCUCGCCCACAAAAGCAGGUUCCUCUUUACUGUAACAAGACUCGCGAUCUCCCCUUGGCACUCCUCGACGGUUCCCCCUCCCUGACUCCCUCGUCUUCCGCUGCUGCGGCGACAGAGGCUUGUCAGCCUUGUCCGGCGCAUGCAGUCUGCUCAAAUGGCGAGAUGCGUUGUCUGCCGCCCUAUAUUCCGGUCUCAGCGCAGUCGUCUCUCGAGAGUCUGUUUGGCCGCUUUGGCGUCCCUGUGGCGCUCCUCAGGCGUCUCGUUCACCUCGCGCCCCGCUCUGCGCCCAUCCACGAAGACGCGGCUCUUUGCGUCGAGGAUCUCGCAGCGAAGGAGACAGCGAAGCGGGUGACCGAAGCUGUCGUUCUGUUCCUCCGGAGAAAAGCUGGCGAGGCACAGUGCGCCGCCUUCUCUCCCGCCCUCGCCGAGUCGAGUCCCUUCGCGCCGGCGCCGGAAGGGGAGUGCGACGAGGCUGUUGGAGCUGGACGACCGCAACGGACCACAUUCGGUUUUCCGAAGAAAUGCGAGAUCCAAGGACGAGAGCGAAGAGACACAUUCACGAGGAAGCCCGGAAAAGGACGCGCAGAACCCGAGGGAAGAAAAGACCAUGCACAGGAACAGGGAGCUCGAGAUGGAAUUCCUGCUUCCGGACACGGUGGCAAGAGACAGCGGGAGAGAAGGGGCGAGUCUCUCUCCGAUGGCAGACCCGCACGAGCGGCCCAGUCGUCCGAGAGCGCCACGAGAUGGGAAAUCGUCCAAGCCGCUGGAACCAAGGACUUCGAAGACGACAACGUCUACGCCUACGUCUUCAAUCACUUCCUCGACGAAGAAGUUGCUGAGAGAGACUUCUCUGUCCGGGUUGAGCAGACUUACUCCUUCCAGUCCCUCGAUCUGGUAGCUCCGGCUGAAAAGUCGGCUGCUGCUCGCCAAGAGCAGACAGAGGCUCUUCUGCCUUUGUUUCUCCGUGAACAGCGCCGGUCGCGAGGGAUCACAUACACGUACACAUACACUGGACGCCACGCUCUGAGGCCUUGGUCUUGCACACUGUAUAUCGCCGUAAUGUACCGUCUCGCUCCAGCGGUUCUCGCUCUUUUUCUUCUCCUCCUUCUCUCACUCCCUCUCGCCUUCUGGCUCCGUCGGGUGUAUCUACGGCACAAGUUGCGCGAGUUGCUGUUGAGUCGGCAGGAAGCGGAGUCGUCGGAGUUGUUCACGCUGCAGCGAAACUCACUAGCGGCGGCAAUUUCUCCCGGUACAUCCUCCAGAGAACUUUCGCACCUGUUGGUCCGGUCUCUUGUGACCUCCCAAGCAGGCCGUUGCCUUCGCUGGUGGCUGCAGAGACUCGCCAGAAAUGCAGACGAAGUCGACACUCUGUGCCAUGACUUGCUUGUGGACAAACACAUCCGUUUGCAUACAGCACGAAUCGGGGAGCAAAACUUUUGGUGGGCAGAAACUGGAGGCGCUCCAAAGCCUGCACAACGGGAAAGUCCCUCGCAGGCUCCAAACACUGUGUCGCUGUCAGCUCCUUCCGGGGCGAGCGCAUCUGUCUCGCAAGACCUCCAUUCGCCGCUCUUCUCAGGGGCACCACCGGCGAAAGCAGCGGCCUGCCGCCUCCAGCGGGAGAUGGCUCCCCGGCAGCCUCCAUUUCCCACGCUUUUGGAGAUGUGUGGAGCAAACGGACCAAGCGGCGGUUGUUCCUCGUCGUUAGGGGGGGACGGGAUGCCUGCAGAGGCAGAAAUGCUUGCGAUCCUUGGGGAUCGGGGGCAGGAGGGAUGGCUCGACGAGAGAGUACGGCGAUCGAGUGCCUAUCUGUCUGCCUGCCGUCUCGCGGAUGGUCUAGAUGCGGAAACCAUGCGGGGACAUCCCGGGAAAAGUGGGAUGCGGCGUCCGACAUUGGGAGGCUCAGACGAUGCGUACUGGAGAGAGCAGCGUGGUUCGUACUUGGAAACGUCCACCGGCACUCUGGGACAGAGAGCUACCUUACUUGGAGGCGGAAGCGAUGCUGAAGGGUCUGGGAUCGAUUUAGCGAGAAAUGACAUCUCUAGCGGAUCAGAGGCCGCUCCUGGGCUGAAGCCACUUCCCGCGGCUACGGGUGGGCGUAAGCGUCUAUCGUCUUCAUUGGAUCGGGGAAGUGGAACUGUGGGCCGCGCGCAACAGGCGGUUGGUGUCUCGGGUGACAGCCGUUCCAGUGUCGCUGCCCGUGUGCGCCAAAGCUCAGUCGUGAAAGAGACGGCAGAGCGCGAUUAUUCUCACGCUGCUUUCUUUGCGAUGGCGAACCGCGGAAGAGAAAGGAGGCACGACGCGACUAGGCAGGCUGAGACAACACACGCAAGGGGAAGUGGACGGGGGGGUUUGGGGUUCCUGCCGGGAGAGGCGGCAGAGAUUACACGUGACGGGCGCUAUACGGGGACUGCUCAGUAUGAUCAAAUCCUUUUGCCUUCGCACGAAAGACGCAGAAGCGAGCGUAGGCGCUCGACUGGUCUGCCAAGGGCGGACGAUGACGGAGACCACGACCGAGGACACGCAGUUCUGUGCUGA